AUGUUUAGAGCAGUUUCUAAGAGGAUUGGUAAUAAUGGAUUCAACUCAGUGAGAAGAUCUGGGUUUGUUUGGCCAGCAGGUGGUAAUUUUGCAAGAAACGGUUGUAAUCGUUUCUAUUCAUCAAUAAAUCAAGGGUCUAAAAAUGGAGGCAACAAGGGUAAAACUCUAUUAGUUUUGGGUUUAUUGGCUUUAGGUACUACUGGUGCAUCUGUUUUGUAUCAAAGAAGUUCUCCUAAGGAGUUUUUGGAAGAACCGAAGGUUAAGAAGUCUGCUGGAUCUAAGGCAUUCUUUUCAGCAGAUGAAGUUUCAGUGGUAUUUGUCUUAGGUGGUCCAGGUGCUGGUAAAGGUACUCAAUGUGAUAAGUUAGUCAAGAAUCAUCAAUUUGUUCAUCUUUCUGCUGGUGAUUUGCUACGUGCAGAACAGAACCGUGAAGGCUCUCAAUAUGGUGAAUUGAUCAAGAAAUAUAUCAAAGAUGGUUUGAUUGUCCCACAGGAGAUUACAAUUGCUCUGUUGAAAAAUGCCAUGUCUGAGAAUGUCAAGGAAGGUAGAUCAAAGUUUUUGGUUGAUGGGUUCCCAAGAAAGAUGGAUCAAGCAGUUAUAUUCGAAGAAGAAAUUGUUCCAAGUAAAUUUGUUCUUUUCUUCGAAUGUCCUGAAGAUGUCAUGUUGAGAAGGUUGUUAGAACGUGGGAAAACCAGUGGUAGAUCUGAUGAUAACAUUGAAUCUAUCAGAAAAAGAUUCAGAACUUUUGUCGACACCAGUAUGCCAGUAGUUGACUACUUUGAUAAAAUGGAUAAAGUUGUUAAAGUCAGCUGUGACGAACCUGUUGAUGUAGUCUAUGGACAUGUCGAAGAUGCUAUCAAGGCAAAGAUCGAUAGAAAGUAA